CAGGUGCGGGAGCUGCAAUGAAGAGUCCCGGCCAGGCCCACAGCCGGGGGCUGCUCCUGCUGUCCCUGCUGGCAGUCCUGCAGGCCACCACUGCCACGAAGAAUGACAUCGACAUCUACAGCCUCACCGUGGACUCCAGGGUCACCUCCCGGUUCGCGCACACGGUGGUCACCAGCCGGGUGGUCAACAGGGCUGACUCGACACGUGAGGCCACGUUCCAGAUGGAGCUGCCCAAGAAAGCCUUCAUCACCAACUUCUCUAUGGUCAUUGACGGGGUGACCUACCCAGGGAACAUCAAGGAGAAGGAGAAGGCCCAGGAGCAGUACAGCGCCGCCGUGGCCCGUGGAGAGAGUGCUGGCCUGGUCAAGGCCACCGGGAGGAAGACGGAACAGUUCCAGGUGUCGGUCAAUGUGGCCCCUGCUGCCAAGGUCACCUUCGAGCUGGUGUACGAGGAGCUGCUCCAGCGGCAGCUGGGCAUGUACGAGCUGCUGCUGAAAGUCCAGCCCCAGCAGCCGCUCCAGCACUUGCAGAUGGACAUUCACAUCUUCGAGCCUCAGGGCAUCAGCUCCCUGGAGACUGAGAGCUCCUUCAUGACCAAUGAGCUGGCGGAGGCCCUCAUCACCUCCCAGAAUGAGACCAAGGCUCACAUCCAGUUCAAGCCCACACUCACCCAGCAGCAAACAUCUCCAGAGCAGCAGGGCAUUGUCCUGGACGGCCACUUCAUCGUCCGCUACGACGUGAACCGGAGCCUCUCUGGGGGCUCCAUUCAGAUCGAGAACGGCUACUUUGUGCACUACUUCGCUCCUGAGGGCCUGCCCACCAUUCCCAAGAACGUCAUCUUUGUCAUUGACAAGAGCGGCUCCAUGCUGGGCAAGAAAAUCCAGCAGACCCGGGAAGCCCUCAUCAAGAUCCUGGGUGACCUCAGCCCCGAAGACCAGUUCAACCUCGUGGAGUUCAGCAGGCACGCCAAGAAGUGGGAGCCGUCCCUGGUGCCCGCCUCGGCCGAGUACGUGAACAAGGCCAAGCAGUACGCUGCCAACAUCCGGGCCCAUGGAGGGACCAACAUCAAUGAGGCCAUGCUGAUGGCCGUGAAGCUGCUGGAUGACGCCAACCGGGAGGAGCAGCUGCCCGCUGGGAGCGUGUCCAUCAUCAUCCUGCUCACGGACGGGGACCCCACAGAGGGGGAGACCAACCCUCAGAACAUUCAGAAGAACGUGCAGGAAGCCAUCGCCGGCCAGUACAGCCUCUUCUGCCUCGGCUUCGGCUUUGACGUCAGCUACGACUUCCUGGAGAAGAUGGCGCUGGAGAACGGCGGCCUGGCGCGGCGCAUCUACGAGGACUCCGACUCCAACCUGCAGCUGCAGGACUUCUACCAGGAGGUGGCCAACCCACUGGUGACAGCAGUGACCUUCGAGUACCCGAGCAACGCCGUGGAGGAGGUCACACAGGACAACUUCCGGCUGCUCUUCCAGGGUGCGGAGAUGGUGGUGGCCGGGAAGCUCCGGGGCGGCGGCCCGGAUGUGCUCCGGGCCAAGGUCAGCGGGAAGCAGCCCAUGCAGAACAUCACCUUCCAGAUGGAGCCCAGCGUGGCCGAGCAGGAGGCGCAGUUCCGGAGCCUCAAGUACAUCUUCCACGGCUUCAUGGAGAGGCUCUGGGCAUACCUGACCAUCCAGCAGCUCCUGGAGCAGAUGGUUUCUGCCUCAGACGCAGAGAAGCCGGCCCUGGAGGCACGAGCGCUGGGCCUGUCGCUCAACUACAGCUUUGUCACGCCACUCACGUCCAUGGUGGUCACCAAACCCGAAGGCCAGGAACAGUCCCAGGUCGUCCAUAAGCCCGUGGAGAAGGAAGAGAGAGACAGCAGAAGGCGCCCAGGUCUUCCGUCACUCAGACUCUUCAGCCCAGGCCCGCCAAGGCCCAGCAACAGAGCUAAGAGUUUCAAGUCAGCCGGCAUGCCGAUGAGAAUGUUGGACCCGAUCGGCUCUUCCUACGUGCUUUCCUACAGCCCACCACAAAUGUCCAGACAGAUGGUGGAUCCCUUCCCCAGUGACUACUACAGUGUGAAGCUGGAAACCGCAGGUGCCUUCCAGACCAGAGUCUCUGCAGUCCGUCCCGGCCCUGUAGCAGGGAAACCCUGGGGGCCUCGGGGUGGAAGCAGAGAGGGAGCCCAGCCAGCCCCAUCCUCUCCUCCCCGCCGCACCCCCUUCCUAAACCCACCUUUGCUCCUUUCAGCACCAGUCUUGGUAGCUCCAACUGCAGCCCCCGUCCAGGCCCCGCUCGUCAUCCUGCCGCUGCCUGGACAGAGGGAGGAUCAGCUCUGUGUGACCUUCAAGGGCUCUCAGGAGCCCAUGGAGCUGCUCUCGGACCCUGAGCAAGGGCUCCAGGUGACGGCCCAGUACGAGGCGCAGAAGGGCCACUUCUCAUGGAUCGAGGUGACCUUCAAGAACCUCCAGCUGCAGGUCCGGGCGACCCCUGAGCAGGUGGUGGUGAUGCGGGAUCGCAGGAGCUCGGCCUACAAGUGGAAGGACACGCUGUUCUCCGUGAUGCCCGGCGUGAAGAUGACCAUGGACAAGGAGGGGCUCCUUCUGCUCAGUAUCCCGGAUGGAGUGACCGUGGGCCUGCGGCUGUGGCAGGGCCCCAGGAAGGGCCUGCGGCUCCUUCUGCGGGACACUGAUCGUUUCUCCAGCCACGUCGGUGGGACGCUUGGUCAGUUUUACCAGAAUGUGGUCUGGGGGCCCCCGGAAGAGACAGAUGGCAGCAAGCGCACGCUGACCGUUCAGGGACAGGACCUCUCUGCUCACAGAGAGCAAAAGUUGGAUUACCAGGAGGGGCCCCCGGGAGCAGAGAUCUCCUGCUGGUGUGUGGAGCUGUAGUUUCCUCCGAAGCCUGUGCCCCUCCCCAGACGCCUCCCCCACCCCCCAUGCCAUCCUGUGUCUGCCUGUGGGGCCUGGACUGUGCCGGGUGGGACGCCCCUCCCACUACUAAUUAAAAUAGGCCGAGUGACCCCAGGGA